UAUUUAAGCAGGGUGCCCUGCUGCAGCCUGCCCAUAGAGGUAGUCACCAUGACUGAGUUUGGAGAUUUCAUGAACGUUCUGGGAGACUUUGGGCCAUAUCAGAAGCUGCUGAUAUUCCUCAUCUCCCUCCCACAAUUUCUUAUCCCAUUCCAAAUGAGUGGCCAAGAGUUCAUGGUUCUGGAGGUGCCACACCACUGUGACACCAGCUGGAUCCGUGCUGUCGGCCCCAACCUGACGGAGGAAGAGCAGCUGAACCUCACCCUGCCCCGAGGCGCGGAUGGGGCCUACGAGCAGUGCCGCAGGUACUCGCCGGUGGACUGGGACCUGGACUCCAUCAGGACCUACGGCCUGAACGCCACCGAGGAGUGCCGCAGUGGGUGGGUGUACCCUGCGGGACAGCCACCCUCCCUGCUGACCGAGUUUGACCUGGUGUGUGAAAGGAAGGACCUGGAGGACAUCGCCCUGUCUAUCUACAUGGCGGGGCUUCUCUUAGGAGCCAUCAUCUUUGGGACACUAAGUGACAGGUUCGGCCGCCGGCUGACCUUUCUGCUCUGCAUCUUCAUCCAGGGCUUGUCUGGUGUGGGAGCUGCCCUUGCACCCCACCUCUAUGUGUACAUGGCCUUCAGGUGUGUCCUGGGGGCUGCAGUGUCAGGAAUUCUGAUUACUUCCUUGAGCUUGGCUACAGAAUGGGUUGGAGCCUCCUCCCGGCCCAAGGCAGUGCUCAUCAGCCACUGCUUCUCCGCUGUCGGGCAGAUGGCUUUGGCUGGAGUGAGUUAUGGCCUUCGCAACUGGAGGCUGCUGGAGAUUGCAGGGAAUGCUCCACUCUUUGCCCUUUUCUUCUACAUCUGGGUGCUACCAGAAUCAGCUCGGUGGCUGGUAACAAAAGGCAGAAUAGAAGAGGCCAAGAAGGUCCUUCAGAAAGCAGCAUCCUUCAACAAGCGCACCAUCCCACCAGAGCUCCUUGAGCAGCUGAAGGCUGAGAAACAGAGCGAUUCCGGAGGCAUUCUGGAUCUCUUUCGGAACAAGCAGCUCCGGAAGGUGACUUUGAUCAUGUCUCUCACCUGGUUUGCAGACGGUCUUGUCUACUAUGGGUUGAGCUUCAAUGUGACAAGUUUUGGUCUGGACAUCUACCUGACACAGCUUGCCUUUGGGGCAGUGGAGUUACCAGCUCGACUGUCCUGCAUUUUCCUGCUUGAGUGGUUUGGGAGGAAGAAGACCCAGGCUGUGUUCCUGCUGCUGUCAGGCCUGCUGUGUCUCACCAUCACUGGCAUCCCUGAAGACCAGCCUGUGGUGGUCACCGUCCUGGCCAUCAUUGGCAAGUUUACAGCCACAGCCUCCUUCUCCAGCUCCUAUGUGUACACUGCAGAGCUCUUCCCCACAGUCAUCAGACAGACUGGAACAGGGCUGUGCUCCAUGUCAGCUCGGGUCGCAGGGAUCAUAGCCCCUCUGAUCCGUCUCCUGGAAGAAUUCCACCACGCCAUUCCCAUGGCUGUCUUUGGGAGUCCCCCUGUGCUUGUGGGGCUGCUCUGCUUCCUGCUGCCCGAGACCCGUGGCAACGAGUUAGCAGACAACACAGGAGCAGCCAUCCCACAGCCAAGCAAGAAUCUGGAAGAGAUGUCCAAGAAAGACCUCACAGAGGAUGGAGCAGACUUGAAGAAGGACAUACACCCAAGUUUAGAGACCAAGCUAUGAGUGGACCACCAUAUACUAAAGGUCUAGUCCGAUCCACUUGUUGUUAAAGCAAACCAAUCAGGCAUUGCUGUGGGGAAACUGGUCCUUCAGAUGACCAACUAAGUGGUCAUGGUCAGAGGCAGAGGAGAGCUGGGUCACUCUGCAUUUGCAAAGGAUGAUGCACUUCAAACUGCUCCUCAAACCCAGCCUGGAAGGCCUGGCUGCACCACUCCUCCCCACCUCUUCCCGCUCCCCUGCAGACUGCUACCCGUGGAGCCUUCCCUGUCGUGUUUCACAGCAAUAAAGAAGCCCCAGGAGAGUGGCAGCCCUGGGCCAGCCAGCACCAGGCUGUGUCCCUCCUGCACUAAGGGCUUGGGCCAGCAGCCUCCUCCUCGCUCCAAGCCUCCACCUUGGCUCAGGAUGUCACUGAAGCCCUGUCACACACCUGUGUAGCUUUUCUUUGGAUGUGCUUUGGGUUUGAGCUGCUGCAUCCAGCAUAGAAAUUAUCCUCUGACUUGGAGGAGAGACACUUGUAAUGCAAUAUGUGAAUAAUAAAUGGUGGUGAUUUGUUUUGGUUUGUCUUUUAUUUCCCUACUGUUUCACAGUUGGCCUUUAACUGCUGUUGGCUCUGGAGUGUUUUCUACACAGGACUUGUAAGUCUGUCAUUUAGCAGGCAGCUGGAAACGUGCUUGGUUUCCAUCAGCCACAAACACUGCAGAAACAGAGGGUUAGAGCAGAAGGGCUGGGUUCAGCUAGGACUUUUUCUUAUUUCCAAGCCUUCAGAUGAACAAUCUGUGUUUAUAUAUUGUUCUCUAUGAGCAGCUGGGGAAGUCUCCUGAAU